CUUCUUGAAAGCCUCGCCGGGCGAUGCCAGAAUCAUCAGCCACUUUACAAGUUCCAUCUCAAUUUUUGGUUUCAAUGCAGAAUCAUAAAAUUCUACAAUCAUUUCAUCCCCGUAUUUCAUUUACAAAAUGCGGCUUUUGAAUGUCGUCGACGAACGACUCGAGAGCUUCUUCGGCGACGAGAACGAGAUCCCACCCUACGGUAUUCUAUCGCAUAGAUGGGGGAAAGACGAAAUUACGUUUCAGGACUUAACACAAGGGUCACUACAGGACUUCCACGGCCGCCAGUCGUUCUCCAAGAUCUGGGAUCUACUCGACCGGGCCGAUAAAGAUGGCUUGUCCUAUGUCUGGAUCGACACUUGCUGCAUCGACAAAUCGAGCAGCGCAGAACUCUCAGAGGCCAUCAACUCUAUGUUCAGGUGGUAUCAGCAGUCAAAAAAGUGUUAUGUCUACCUCGACGAUUUUGACGCUAUAUCGAACUGCAAACUCGUUUAUUACGAAUAUUCUGAAAGAACUGCUAUCCUCGAUGAAUCGGAUAACUCCUUCUUCGAUAGCCUUUGGUUCACCAGAGGAUGGACCUUACAGGAGCUCAUAGCACCACGAAAUGUUGAGUUUUACGACAAGAACUGGAUUAGCUUUGGUUCGAGAGAUUUCGCCCUUCUCGAUCGUAUUUGCCACAGAACUGGUAUUUGGCCGCAGUUGUUUCGAGAACCCCGGUGUGCAUGCCCAAGCGAAAGGGGACAUUCUACCUUUGCGUUUCGCGACGGUGUCUGCGUUGGGUGUCACGGACUUGACACUCUCCCUCAGACUUUGGACUCUUUCGCCGUCUCCAUCAAAAUGAGCUGGGCGUCUUCCCGUAUCACGACUCGCAAAGAAGAUGCAGCCUACUGUCUACUCGGUCUCUUUAAUCUGAACAUGCCAUUGCUGUAUGGCGAAGGUGACAAGGCAUUCUUGCGUCUUCAAGAGGCCAUUGUCCGGCAGUCCAAGGACCAGUCAGUCCUGCUAUGGCGCGCUCGGCCUGAUGUUGCACCUCAAGGGUUUGCACCUGGCUGUUUGGCUCCUUCAUCUAGCGCCUUCAAAGAACCCGUUCACAUCCUUGGCCGCCGAGUUUUCAACAGGGUCGACAAGAAAUAUGAGGCCAAUUUCCUCGGAAAUCUAGCUACAAUGGAGAUCACUGAUACAGCUAUACGUACCAGCCUGUGGAUUUGCCCUUGCAAGGUGGUGCCUGACGGAACGCAAACUACUUCCCGAAACCUCUGGCUGGGUAUCAUGCAGCUCGCAUACGAUGAUGAUUACCUUAUGCGACCUGCAUUACUGCUAGAGUAUAUGGGCACUGUUGAUAUGUAUCGAAGAGUCUACCAUCAGCAUAUUGUUCCCGUUAAUCCCAGGAUAACUCAAGGUUCUUUCGUUGUAGAGUCAUCAAUUGGCGAAGUCGAUCGACGUCUCUUGGUCACUCCAUCCCUCGACGAGGCCACCAAGAAGGACAUCAGCAUUCUGCUUCAACAGAGCCCCAUCAACGCAACGGCUGGCCCUUCUCCUGAAGAGGGCCCAGAGACUGGACCGGUGUAUUUCGUUUUGGAUAAGCAGAAGCUGGAUUUUUUGAUGGAUAGCGGGGGCAGUCACCCUCCUUUCAGCCGUUACCUUAGUCGUACCACCCAGAUACCAUCCCGGUGGGCUUUUAAGAAGUGUCAGCACGAAGGAGACGGUGAGAGAUAUUUUGGUGGUAUUCAUUUUGUUAAUUUUAUGCUUGAGAUCCCGAAAGGACCAAACUCGGAUCAGAUGCCAAACGGACAAGGUGUUGAUCGGUUUGCUUAUACGGCUAUCAUAUGGGGCAUACAACGCGAAGUUCUCAAAGGAGGGAGGAAUACGUCUCCGUGGCAUUUGUGGUGCCGGGUUUUCAAUCUGAAAAUGUUUACAGAACACGCCCGGACCUCGAAUGAAGAUCUACAGCCUAACCAGCUCUAUCGCGAGAUCGACAGUCUCAGUGCAGGUGAGAUCCAGGGGCGUAUGGAGAAUCAGCGGUCACGGCUCUGCCUAGCCGAAUAUGAAAAGCUCGAGAUUCCGCAUUCAGCGGUCCCGAGGGCACUGUUCCCUUCGUCAUACGGAGACAACUGGUCGGAAGACAAUAUGGAAACUAGCAAGAUGCUUUUGGCAGCCAAAGUGGUGUUGGUUGAAGGACUUGGUCGGAAGAUUUUUGAGCUGCACAUAAAGAUCAGCGACGUAGCCAAAAUAUAGAAGGAGUAGUUGUAGAGUAACAAGAGUAAGUAUAUCACAAAGGAAGUCUUAUAAUCUUUAGUGCAGAUGGCCCUCUUUAAGCAUAACUUAGGAUAAUGUCAUCACCAACCUAGAGGAUAGCAGAGAACUUUACGUAGCUGACAGAAAUAUUCAAACAGGUAUAGGAUAAUUCAUGAUAAGUUUAGCGGAUACUUUGAUGACCUUACCGAAUUAUUUUUCGCUCCUCUACUUCUUAGUCUAAGGUCUUCUAACACCCUCCCCAAGGCCAUCUAACCUCCAACACCAAAAUCCACCAGUCUAGGGGGCAACAAAACUUAGGACCUCUAUCCUAAGUGACAAAAGACUUAGGCAAGCUCAGUAUAUAUUAGCAAUUCUAUAGACCAGUUAUUUUUGGCACUCUAGUUUAACGUCU